UUGUGGUUACUCAAAAGGCUAAAUCCAAUGUAAACAAUGUUGGGCUUGUUGAUAUGUCUUGUGGCAUUCGCACAAUCUCCUCGUGCCGGGGCAGAAAUAUACACUGUAGAUGAUGGCUAUUGUUUAGGCCGCCUCUUUGAUGGAAUUGGGGCAAUAAGUGGAGGCGGGGCAACAUCAAAGCUACUUGUAAACUACCCUGAUACUCAGCGCCGUGAGAUUCUCGACUAUCUCUUCAAGCCAAAUUUUGGAUCAUCUCUGCAGAUACUGAAAGUUGAAAUCGGUGGGGAUGGCCAAAGUACAGACGGGACUGAAAGCUCUCACAUGCACUCUCCAGAGGAUGAAAACUAUCGUCGUGGUUACGAGUGGUGGCUCAUGGUGGAGGCCAAGAAAAGGAAUCCUGCCAUCAAGAUCUAUGCCCUGUCGUGGGCAUUUCCAGGCUGGCUGAACAAGGAAGGACAACGUAAUCCAUACACGUACGCCAACGUGACUGCUGGCUAUGUCAUCAAGUGGAUACAGGGAGCACAUACUCACUAUGGGAUCUCUGUAGACUAUGUGGGGAUCUGGAAUGAGAAAGUCUAUGACAGGAAUUAUGUCAUUACCCUACGUCGGGAGCUUGACCGUGCGGGACUGCACCACGUAUUGGUUGUGGCCCCUGAUGCUCCCUUGAUCAACGACUGGAAAAUUUGCCCUGACAUUCUCAAGGACCCGGAACUUGCAAAGGCUGUCAACAUUGUUGGGUGUCACUACCCGGGAACGCUCACGACAACGGCUGCCAUAGAAACAGGCAAGCCUCUGUGGGCCUCUGAGGAUUACAGCACCUUCAAUGACCUGAGUGGAGGAGGGUGCUGGGCAAGGAUACUGAAUCAGAACUAUGUGAACGGCAAUAUCACAGCCACAAUAGCAUGGAACCUGAUUGCGUCAUAUUAUGACACUCUGCCUUACACACGAGAGGGACUGAUGACAGCUGAAACACCUUGGAGUGGACACUAUGUUGUGGAAAGUCCAAUAUGGAUGACUGCCCACACCACCCAGUUCACAGAGAUAGGGUGGAGCUACCUUCGUCAUAGGUACGGAAGUGGUCAUCUGGCAGGGGGCGGGAGCUACGUGUCACUGACCAGUCCUGACCGCAACCAACUGACUAUUGUCUUGGAAACCAUGAGUCACGACCACUCCCAGUGUAUCAGACCUCCACUGCCGGAAUACAAUGUCACCAAGCAAGAUGUCUUCAUGCAGCUGAAAGGGAACUUUGCAAAUAUCAGCUCUCUACAAGUCUGGAGGUCAGCACUAAAAUUUGGGGACGCUUCAUCAGAAUUCUUUCAGAAUCAUGGGGAAAUCAAGGUUGUUGAUGGUCGAGUGAAACUGCAGCUGAACGUCGAUGAGUUGGUUACCUUGACCACAGUUACCACGGGCAACAAGGGGUCACACCCUGACCCGCCUCCUGACACAGAGUUCCCACUUCCAUACAAGGAGGACUUUGAAAACUAUGUAGAGGACAUGGAGCCAUACAACUUUGCCCAGCAGACAGGAGUGUUUGAGGUGCACUCAGACGGUAACCAUGGUAACAUGAUGCGCCAGAUGGUGCUGCAGAUCCCCAUCUACUGGUGCAGUGCAGAGAAACUGAACCUUGCUAUCACUAUGAUAGGCAGUGAGACUUGGUCAGACAUAGCGAUCAUCGUUGAUGCCAGGUUACCUAGCAACACCUCUGCAGCAGAGGGGUAUUUCCUGGCCGCAAGGGUCAACCAGGGGGGUUGCUGGGUGUACCAGUCCAGGGGCGUGUUCAUAUUCGUGGAUCCGGUGCGGGAGAUGUUUGCUGUUUACGGCAGCAUUGAUAAGACGGUUUUCCUGGCGGAAGGAAGCACAGGUACCAUGACAUCUCAUGGAUGGAACACACUGUCACUCAGUCUGAAGUCCACCUGGGCGAACGGUUCAGUGAAUGGUCGUAUGUUGUUCAACGUUACAGUUCCAGAAGAGACGUCUAAUGGUUUUGUUGGUUUGGGAACAACGUCUUGGGGAUAUGCAGACUUUGACAACAUCUACAUCGACAAUCCAGGGUCACACUUGUAGAUGUUUGAUAUGAAUAGGCUUAAGUAGGGUUCUAAAGAGCUGCAUUCUUGGAAAACGGGACUUAAUACGUAUGUGUAAAGUGCCGUCAGAGAAAACCAGUGCAGUCUGCACAGGCUUACCAGGGACAAAACUCUCCGCAUAGACUUGAUUUUCUUCUAAAAGGGACUUUCUUUGAAUGAAAAAAAGACGGACGUGCGGAAAGCGUUGUCCCUGAUUAGGCUAAUCUGGGAUGAUACUUUAUGCACAUGCAUUAAACCCUUUUUUCCUGUGAACAGGGCUCAAACAAUCUGGGUGUACAUUAAUAUGUUGCCACACAAGAUAACAGCUAGUCUUACCGGGUACAUGAAUAUGAAAAGAAAGCAUUAAAGAAAUCUUGCCAGUGUCUUGUAUGGUUAUUCCAAUAGAUUGAGGAUACGGAUUAAAGUACAUCGUAAAAAUAUAUAAUUAUUCUAUAUCCAAUAAAUUCAUCCAAUCGGCAUUCUUCAUAUGUACCACGAGACCGUACAAUAUAUUCCGGUAUUGGAUCCAAAAAGUCUGUAUUUUUUCCAUAUUGGACAGUUGAGUACAAGUGCACUAAGCAAUUGUUUUAUAACGAUAUAAGCCGUUACCGAGAAAAAAGUAUCAGAAUGUACAAUAAUCAAUUCACACAGGCGCUUGUCUUGAAAAACAAAAACAAAGCAAAAACUUGAAAAUAGCACAGAUGCAAUCAAAGCAUUUUAAAAUCAAAACUAUAAUGAAAAUGACACAAAGAGCUGAAGAAAGGGAUAUAGAAUAAAAAGCUUAUUAGACGUUUAAACUGUACAAUACGUGAUAUAUUUGGACUCGCAUACACUUUGAAGUCAUAUUGGACUCGCCUAACGGCUCGUCCAAUAUGACGUCAAACUGUGUGCUCGUCCAAAUAUAUCUUCGUAUUGUACAGUGAAACGUCUAAUAACCGGUAUUAAUAUAAGCCGCACUCUGUGAAAAGGGGAUUUAAUGCAUGUGU